AUGCACAAAUACACACGAAACCCGUCACGGUCUGUCAGGUGCGGCCACUGCAAGUCCCUGGAGCCCACCUACAAGAAGCUGGCCAAGAAGUUUGAGAAGAUCGACUCCGUGGUCAUUGCCAAGCUGGACGGCACCGAGAACGAGCAUGCAGACAUUGACGUCAAGGGAUUCCCCACCAUCCUGCUCUUCCCCGCGGAGGCCGGCGCCGCGCCCAUCACCUUCAGCGGCGGCGACCGCAGCCUCGCGACCCUGGCCAAGUUCAUCCAGAGCAACGCCAAGACGCCCUUCGAGCUGCCUGCCGGCGAGGACGAGGCCGAGGAGGACGGCCACGACCACGAGGGCCACGACCACGACCACGAGGACGACGAGGAGGACGAGGUGGAGAUCGAGGAGCAGGAGGAGGGCGAGGAGGUGGAGGAGGAGGUCGAGGAGGAGGUGGAGGAGGAUCAGGAGAGGGACGAGCUCUGA